AUGAUCACUGAAUGGCUCUUUUUACGCUUUACGCCCCCAACUCCCCAAAGGACAGUAUUUGCAAAAAUGGCUCUUGAAACAAUGGCAAAUGUUUUGUACAAGAAAACUGUAAACAUAGAUUCUAUUGCUUUUGGGCCUUUGUCAGCGAGCGCACAUUUGGACUCUGUCUCGACCGACACGAUCGUGGUUUUAGCAUCCUCAUUCGCCUAUUUUGAGCGAUACACUCAAGCUGAGGCACUAUAUCAGCAUUGCAUGGCACGGUUUCACGGCCAUCAAAAUAGUCCCGAACCUCAAACCGAAACACAACUGUUUGAGUUGUACGACGCCCUUGGGUUCUGCUACAUGAACAAAGUAGAUUACCCUUCAUCUGAAAGCUUCUAUACCAAAGCAGUGGGUCUAAAAACCUCUAUUCUUGGACCGGACCACCCUUUAACACUGAAUUCCAUGCACGAUGUUGGCACUGUCUAUCGAGGUCUGCAAAAAUACAAUGAGAGCAGCGAGAUGCUGGAACAUGUCCAGACCAAAAUGAAGGAUGUGCAUGGUCCUGAAAGUAACGCAUAUCUAAACACGGCAAAUAAUUUAGCCCUUGUGUAUCGUUGGUUAUCAAGGGCGCCUCCACGCGGUAAUGGAGCUCGGCCAAAAGACCCUGGAGAGCAAUGUCUAGGAAGUAUCUAUCGGGAUCUUGGGGACGAUAGCAGCGCCGAAAGGCUCUAUUCGAGCGCACUAAGUACACAGGAAAAGCUUCUUGGCAUAAUGCAUGCCAGUACGCUUCGGACGGCGAGUCAGUUAGAGAAGCUAUAUAGGAGACAAGGAAAGACGGAAGAUGCGGACAAAAUCUGGGACAAGAUUCAAGGGAUUUUGGGCAUGGCUAUUCUUCAGGCGCCGCAAUAUGGUACUGAUGACUGA